AUGGCCACACCAACGAAGACUGUUAGACGCAACCCCUCUUAUUCUUUCUUGAAUCCGAAUCUGGAUUCCGUUGGGUGCUUAGCAAAGAAGAUUACGCCAGAUGAGACAACCAACUUCAGAAAGGAAUAUGGGUACAUUCUGAGCCUUCUCAAGAUGCCGUUCACCAAAUACGAGCAAGAGGGAGUUCAUACUUUGCUUCAGUUCUAUAAUCCUUCCCUCCGCUGCUUCACGUUCACCGAUUACCUCUUGGUUCCCACAUUGGAAGAGUAUUCCUUGUUUCUUGGCAUCCCUAUAAAGAAGGAAGUACCUUACCAUAGCACUAUGAAGGCUCCCGAUUCCAUUGAAAUCGCUAAGGCUCUUUAUUUGAGCAAGUCGGUCGUGGAAGCAAAUCUCACCAAGAAGGGAGGAGGUUUUGGUUUCUGCAUGGAGUUUCUGGUUAAAAGGGGUUGUGAGGCUGCUGAAGCAAAGGAAUGGGACACAUUUAGGGCUAUCUUGGCUCUAAGUAUAUAUGGCAUCGUGAUGUUCUCAGACAUUCCUAAUUUUGUUGACAUGAAUGCAAUUCAUAUAUUCAUCUUGCAGAAUCCGGUUCCCACACUCUUGGGGGAUGUUUAUCACUCCAUUCAUCACAAGAAUGGUCAGAAGGGAGGUAAGGGAGGUCUGGUUAGAUUUUGUGCUCCGUUGUUAUAUCGGUGGUUUAGGUCACAUCUGCCUGAACGUGGGGCGUUCGUUGAUAAUAGGCACACAUCUAAAUGGGCUGAAAGGAUUAUGGGGCUGAGGGCUAAAGAUAUUGUCUGGUACAAUAGCGCUUUGGACGACAGAGAAGUUAUUAUGAGUUGCGGAAAGUUCAAAAACGUACCUCUCAUGGGUCUUAGGGGUGGAAUUAACUAUAACCCCGUCUUGGCCAGAAGAACAUUCGGAUAUGCUUUUAUUAGUCCACCUGAGCAAGCAGAGAUAGCUGAGAACAUCUUCUAUCAUGUGGCCACGAACAUUGGGCAAAUGGCAGAAGCUGUGCAGGCUUGGAAGAGUAUUUGCUGGAGAGAUAAGAAACAUUUUGGUCAGCGAGAUUGUGCUACUUAUGAGGACUAUACUAAAUGGGUCGAAUCUGUGGUUGCUGUUCGAGGGACGCCUUUCCCUCCCAAGGAUCCUUUGUACCCCCCUGCUGAAAAGAAGCUGAAGGAACAUUACGAGACUCAGUUGGCAGAUUUGACUAAAAGACUCCAGAUUCAGACUGAAAAUGCCAAUUCAGAGAAGACUCGUCGGAAGAAAGCAGACAAACUCUUGUUGGAUCGCCAGAAUACCAUAGAGAAGUGUUAUGAAGAGAUCCGAAAUCUGAAGGGGCAGAUAAGAGAAAAAGACCAGAGUAAUGUCCAAGUUCAAGAGGAAGCUAGGUAUUGGGAGGUGAAGAAUCGCAACAUGGAAACUAUGCAUUUCAGAAAAGACCUGUUGAUUCAAGAGAUCAUUAAGAGGCCCACCCGUGCUGAGACCAAGAAGCUUUUUGAAGAAAUGAAGAUUUGGAGUGAUAAGCACAUUGGAGAUAGCCCUCUUCGCCAUUUGGACAUGGGAGAUCCUGCUUGA